CUCGCUGUCAGGUGCGGAUCAGACCGACUCCAGUAUCAUAUCCAGCGAUCACCCCUUCAUACACUGUCUGUAUUUCAGAAACGUUAAAGGAUUUACUUCACCGCUCUGUGUUUAUGAAUUACGCCUGAUACAGACCUUAAGGUUGGUGUGGAGUUUUGUAACAAAAGGAUUCCUGUGUGCACUGGAAUACAUCAGUCGAAAAUGAGGAACUGUUGAGUACCGUCAGGUCACUUUGGAGCCGUACUGUGCGUGGAUGUCUCCAACCCUCGCUGGAUGAUUCCAUCUCUGUGAUGAAAGGCUUAUCCAGCAGCCGCAGCCACCACCACGUGGUGACCUGUGACCCCUCUUUUGACUCCAUGGGUCACCACUUGGACCACAAGCCCUACCUCAUCAGCCAGAUCGACAACCCCCACCCGGUCGACCACUCUUAUUACUCCCAGAGAAGCCCCUACCAGCCUGACUGCGUGGUGCCUUACGGGACCUUCCCUCGCCGACACUACAGCUCUCAGCACGAGCUGAAGGACGAGACCGCUGUGGUUCCCUACACCGGGGGAGGGGUUCCAGCCAACAAGGGCCAACAGCGUCUCCCCGUCGCCCUGUUGGACCAGUUCGACCGGCAACUCCCAGUGCCUCGGGACGGCUAUCACACGCUGCAGUACAAGCGUGCCGCCGCAGCCUUGGAGCAACGGAGCGACAGCCCUGGCCGAAUCCGGCACCUGGUACACUCCGUUCAGAAGCUCUUCACCAAGUCCCACUCACUAGAGGGCCCACACCACGGCAAGGGCAGCAUCAACGGAGGCAAGGCAAGCCCCGACGGAGAACCCCCUGCUAUUCGGCACCGCAAGCGCAGCAAGAGCCGGGAGCGCUGCAAGUCAGCUGAACCCAAGAACAGGACGCCACCUUCUGGCUACUGGAGCUCGGAUGAAUUGGAACGCGAGGCCUGCCUGUUUCACCACGGACCUCCGGGAGUCAUGACCAUGGGCCGUCACCCGGACAAGUCGCAGUCACAGUACUUCUUGGAAGCCUACAGCACCAUCAAUGACCAGGCACUUAAAAACUCCCGCAGCAGCAAUGAUUUGGGCAAGUGCUCGACGUGCACGAGCAUCCCGCUGAGCGUGGACGCUUCACAGCUCGUGAAGAAGAGCUCGUGGUCGUCCUCUCUCACGGUGAGCAGAGCACGUCAAGUCUACCAGAAGGCCUCGGUAAAUGUAGAUAAGGCUCUAGUGAAAGCAGAGGCUUGUCAGCAGGAGCGCUCAUGCCAAUUCUUGCAGGUCCCUCAAGAUGAGUGGGGAGGCUUUCCACUGGGGAAAGAAGAGGAUAUCCCGUGCAGACGCAUGCGCAGCGGGAGCUACGUAAAAGCCAUGGCGGAGGAUGACAGCGGAGACUCGGACGGCAGCCCUAAACCCUCGCCCAAGAUGCAGGCACGACGGGCCAGCUACCUCAAAGCCACCCAGCCAUCACUGACAGAGAUGACCACUCUAAAUAUCUCCACAGAACACUCUCCAAAGCUGCAGAUCCGGAGUCACAGCUACUUGCGGGCGGUGAGUGAAGUUUCCAUCAAUAGGAGCCUGGACACCCUGGACCCCAAAGCUCUGCUAGCCUCUCCCCAAUACCGCUCACGCAACGAGAGCUACAUGAGGGCUAUGAGCACCAUCAGCCAGGUGAGUGAGGUUGAGGUUAACGGGCAGAUCGAGGCAGUGUGUGAGAGUGUGUUCAGUGAAAUGGAGUCACAGGCAGUGGACGCUCUGGACCUGCCCAUGCCCGGGUGCUUCCGCAUGAGGAGUCACAGUUACGUGCGUGCCAUCGACCAGGGCUGCUCGCAGGACGACGACGGGCCUUUGCUCCCAGCCUCCCCCCCGAGGACCACCACUACUGUCAGAACCAUCCAGAGCAGCACAGUAUCAUCAUGUAUCACCACCUACAAGAAGACUCCUCCGCCUGUACCUCCUCGCACCUCCACCAAGCCCUUCAUCUCCAUCACGGCCCAGAGCAGCACCGAGUCUGCGCAGGACGCUUACAUGGACGGUCCCGGGACGCGGGGCGAGCCCGUCCUCCACUCUGGCCUGAGCAAUUCCACCGAGAGCAUUGACAGCAUGAAAGCGCUGACGGCAGCCAUCGAAGCGGCCAACGCUCAGAUCCACGGCCCAGUCAGUCAACACGUCAGCAACAGCACCAUCACAAUCAGCACUACCCCUCCCUCUCCGCUGCCCAUGCAAAUGCCCAUGCCCAUGCCUAUGCCUAUGCCUAUGCCUGUGCCCGUCCCCAUACCCAUACCAGCCCUGGAAGACGUCCGCAGGGAUGUGCUCAGGAAGAGCAGGUGCCUUUCUAUCGGCAUCCAGGUGGAUGGGCCUGAGGACCAGGACCUGGAGGACCAGUCCAAGUUUCAGUCAGUGGGGAUUCAGGUUGAGGAAGAUCAUGGUCACCGGCGGUUCAAGCGCUCUAAUAGCGUGACGGCAGCGGUGCAGGCUGAUCUGGACACUCCGGACUACACACCAGCUGACUCUCCUGUCACAGAUUUCCCCUCAUCGGGCUGCUUGUCAAGGCAGUACUCACGUGAUGCCGCCACCUCCACCGUCAGCAUCCAGGGCUCAGGGAAUCACUACCACGCCUGUACCUCAGAUGACUAUGAGGACGUUGGCUUUGAUCCCUCCAUCCUGCCUCCACCUGACCCUUGGAUCGAUAGCGUAACGGAAGAUCCCUUGGAAGUCGUGGGCCGCUCGGUUUGUCAGCGUGACGGCCGCUGGUUCCUGAAGCUCCUGCAGGCUGAGACAGAACGCAUGGAGGGCUGGUGCAGGCAAAUGGAGCAUGAUGAGAAGGAGAACAAGCUUCCUGAUGAAGUCCUGGGGAAGAUCCGUAGUGCAGUGGGAAGUGCACAGCUGCUUAUGUCCCAGAAGUUUCAGCAGUUCAGGGAACUGUGCGAGGAAAAUCUGAAUCCAAACGCUCACCCACGGCCAGUGGCUCAAGAUCUCGCAGGGUUCUGGGACAUGCUUCAACUUUCCAUUGAGAACAUCAGCUUAAAGUUCGACGAGCUUCACCAGCUCAAAGCCAACAACUGGAGACCCCUCGACCCCCCUGAAAGAAAGGAGAGAAGGCUGCCUCCCCCAGUGCCAAAGAAACCCCCGAAAGGCCACCCUCCCCUGGCCAGAGAUCGCUCGCUGGAAAGCACCGAGAAGCAGCGUCAGGAGGCGCGCAAGCGUUUGAUGGCGGCCAAACGAGCCGCGUCAGUACGGCAGAACUCGGCCACAGAGAGCGCAGACAGCAUCGAGAUCUAUAUACCUGAAGCGCAGACCAGACUAUGAAACUGCCAAUCAUGAAAACGCACUCACACACAAACGCCUAAGUGCAGAAUUCCGCCGUGAGCACAACACGUCACACAGAUCUAUAUUUGCCUAAUGCUAAGAUCACUGUAAAUUUGGAGCGACAGACACCAGCACCAUAAUAGCACAGGAGUAGUAAUUUGACCUUUCAUCAUUUCAAAAAUGACAACCAACAUAGACGUACAUCAUAUUUCUAUGAACCCAAGAUGUUAGUCAGGAAAAAUGACUUGCUUAAUUUUACACAAAUGAAAACAAGGCUGCAGGUUAUGCUGUUUUAAGGUCAACCUAAUUAACAUAUAGUUUCCUUGUUUUUUAAUCUCAUGGAAGCAAACAUCAGUGGUUCAAGCUUAAUUUUAUGAAGCUAUGAGAAUACCUUUUGUGCACAAAGAAAACAAAAAUAAUGACUUUAUUCAACAAUUCUUCACCUCUGCGUCAACCUAGCACCAUUUUGGAGAGUAUCACGACGCACGCACGUGCACGUGUUCUACGUCAGCAGCAUCCGUUGUUUACGUGCGAAGAAAGCGUGCACAUGCAUUGAAUCACUGAUGUCACAUGGACUAUUUUGUUAAUGUUCUUGGUACCUUUCUGGGCCUUGAACGUGGUGGUACCCUUGCUGUUUAUGAAGGGUCAGAAAGCAUAAAAAAUAUCUUAAUUUGUGUUCCACUGACGAACAUGAGGGUGAGUAAUUAAUGAAUUAAUUUUUGGGUUAACUAACCUUUUAAACGUCCUGAAAGUCCUGAAAGUUUUUUUUGUUGUUGUUGUAUUAAUACUCUUAAAGGAAUAGUUCAAUCAAAAAUUUUAAUUUUGUCAUCAUUUACUCACCCUCAUGUUGUACUAAACCUGUAUGAGUUUCUUUCUUACGUUGAAGAAUCAAACAGUUGUUGGUCCCCAUUGACUUCCAUGGUAGGGAAAAAACACUAUGGAAGUCAAUGGGGACAAUCAACUGUUUGAUUACCAGCAUUCUUCAAAAUAUCUUCUUUUGUGUUCAACAUGAGAAAGAAACUUAUACAGGUUUGGAAUGACAUGAGGGUGAGUAAAUGAUGACAAAAUUUUUUUUUCUUUGAGAAGCAUCAAUGCAUAAAAUAUUAAGACUUGUUUUCAUAAAUUAUAUCUUAAACACUACUGUUCAAAACUUUGGGAUGUUAAGAAUUCUGUUUAAUGAAAAAUACAGUAAAAAUUGGUAAUAUUGUAAAAAAAAAUUACAAUUUAACAUUUUAUGUUUAUGUUUUUAUUUUAAAAUGUAUUCCUGUAAUGGCAAAGCACCCAUUAUUCCAAUCUUCAGUGAUUCUUAAGAAAUCAUUCUAAUAUGCUGAUUUGGUGCUCAAGAAAAAUUAUCAUUAUCAUAUGUUGAAAACACUUCUAUGAAUUAAUAUUUUUGUUGAAACUGAUACAUUUGUUUUCAGAAUGCUUUGAUGAAUAGAAAGUACAAAAGAACAUAUAGUCUUUUGUAACACUAUGGAUGACUUCACUCUCACUUUUGAUUAAUUUAAUGCAUCCUUUCUGAAUAAAAGUAUAAAAUUUAUAUUUUCAGGAAAAAAAAUAACACUGGCUAAUAAUUUCACUUGUUUUAAAGUUGUAAAAAUGCCAGUGUGGUUGCACAAAAUACACUAGUAUUAAACAUACAUUAUCUAACAGCAAGUCUUUCAUGUCUUAUGCAGUGUUGCUUCUUAAUUGAUCUUGUUGUGAGGAUUUUAACUGGACAAUUAAACAAAACUCUGUUGAAAAAAUAGCAUAUAUAUGGAUGUUAGGUAUGCUUUGAAGCAUGGCAGCUAGAUUGAGCUGGUUAAGAUGAUCUUUAGCUGGUCACGAGCUGGUUCAAGCUGGUCAUGUGCUGGUCCUGAACAGGAGCUAGUUGCUUAAGACCAGCUAAGGACCAGCUUAAACCAGCUCAGACCGGCAGCCAUGCUAGGUAAAACAUACCCAACCAGCAUAUGCUGUUUUUUCAACAGGGAAGUCCUCAUUUAUAAUAUGGUUUUUCCAGUGCUUAAUGAUGUACUGUUGAAUACAACUAUCAACCUUUUGUUCAUAUACAGCAGCAUUUCUUUACAUCUAGAACAGAAUCUAAACUGUCCCUCGUAGCCUCGCUUUUAUUUGCGUUAAAUUAACUGCGUACCCUGAAUAAGAUCUAUGACUAGAUCAUUAACACGCACACUAUUUGGAGCUCAGCCACUUUAUAUAUACUAUUUUUAAUUUUUACGCAUGUGGUUACAUGCGAUUUGUUUGUAAACGCAUAUAAACACGGUUACACGCAUACUUGCGUAAUGACCUCUCUCAGAGCCAUGGGCUGACCUUUGUUCACCAUGUAGAUAAACAUGGGCAUAUACACACGUAUAUACUUUAUCAUUUAACAGUUCUACGCAGACUUAUGACAAAUAAUAAACAUAAGCGCAUUCACUCUGAGUGGAACAGGCUGGGUGUUUGUAAUAUAAUCUGUCUGUACCUUUUUCCUUAAGGGUUGAAGGAAUGUUAUAGCAGGUUUAAUGUUUUACUUCUCCAGUCGUUCCCAUCUGUCUUUCUCUUUCACACAUUGUCUUAAUCUGAUGAUCUAAAAAGAUGUGAUCAUAGUGAAUUACGUUCCUAGCCAUGUGAAGUAGAUAAACCCUCUCUCUCAGACCCUCUUGCCAUUUGGGAAAUACUGUAUCCUGUUGUCGUUUUGCAUUUCUGCUUUUCUCUGAAGAGCAGAAGUGCUCGCAGUUUUUUUUUUUGUUUUUUUCCACGCUUCCAUCCCUACCCUCUCUUUUCUCUUUUUUUUAUAGUACAAUUGGAAAAUAAUGACCAUAUAACAGGGUAUUUUAAGCUAAAAGCAAUACUCAUGAGAAAUUCUAAUGUUGCUACAUUCUUUUGAUGUAAAACUGAUUCAUUGCUAAUGAAAAGAUGCCUUCACUAUUCCGUAGCCAUUUCUGUUUCUUGUCAUUCUGACGCUUGCUAUUGUGAACGCUUAUCAAUGGCCACUCUUGAGCAGUUCUUCUUAUUUUAAAUCCUCUUUAGUCAUAUAUGGGACAUUUAGGCACAUUAUUAUAUUCUUUAGUGUAUAAACUACGAAUAAACUUACUAAUCAUUUUUCUAACAUAGAUUUGGGGCCUUCUGUGGAUUUUUAUGUAGACAAGUAGAGGUACUUCAAUGAGACGACUGCAAAAAAAAAAUGACACUAGAAGGGGAGUUUUAAUAAAAUGCAAGCUUUUCAUCAUUGUUCACGAGAUUAUGUCUUUCCAGUAGCAAUUUCAGUGACUUAAUUUAAUGUGUUUUAAUACUGUGUCGGGGCACAGGGGGAAGUUUUUUUUGUAAGCUUUGUGCUCAAAAGGGUUGUGACUCUGAGAGGACCGUGUGACUCUGCCUGAUCGGCCACGUCAGGUGAGCUAAACUAGCGUUAAACUCUCAGGAAAAGACAGAGACGAAGUGAGUGCAGCAAAUUCAGGGUCUCCCAGUGGUGACGUUUUACGCGUGUUUCUUGUGAGCGUGUUUGCGUGUUCACUGCACACAGGCGUGAGUCUGUUUGUGUUUUAAAAGAAUGUAUGUAUCUUUAUGGUAAUUAGGUGUGUGUGAGAGCCUGUGUGCAUCAUGUGUGUGCGUGUGUGUGCGAGUCUAUAAAAGUGCUUCCUGAUUUUAUUGGUUAACACAAUCUUUGAAUUUUUUCUGUUGGUUGAAGUCAAGUAGCCUCAUGAACUCGUGUACAGUAUCAAAGCCCCUUGUUCUUAUUUUAGUCUAUAUUGUUUGUACAAGAAAACAAUGAUGAGGAUGUUCCUGUAAGCAUGCAGACACAAUAUGAGUCCUAUAGAUAUAUAUCUGAUUUAUACUAUUAUUUAUUUAUUUAUUUAUGUACUUAUUUAUUUGUCUUAUCUAUUUAGGAUUUAUUUUAUACGGUUUUGAUUCUGUUUAGUGAUCUGUCAUGCCACCCUCAUAUUGUGAAUAUGUUGUACUGUAUGUAUAAACAUUAUAUGUGCAUACAUACGAUGAACAAAGAAUAAAUUCUUGAAACUUUAUUUGUCUUGA